GAGAAGUUGAUCACCUUUAAUUUAAAGUCGCUCCCAGUCUUGAUAGCUUUGUCUGAAAUUAGCUUAAUCAAAAAUGCGUGAAUGUAUUUCAAUACACGUUGGUCAAGCUGGUGUACAAAUUGGUAAUGCUUGUUGGGAGUUAUAUUGUCUUGAGCAUGGUAUUCAACCUGAUGGUCAGAUGCCUUCGGAUAAAACAAUCGGAGGCGGUGAUGACUCGUUCAAUACCUUCUUUAGUGAAACAGGAGCUGGUAAACACGUUCCACGUGCAGUUUUUGUGGAUUUGGAACCAACAGUUGUAGAUGAAGUUCGUACGGGUACAUAUAGACAACUAUUUCAUCCGGAACAACUGAUAACAGGGAAGGAAGACGCAGCUAACAAUUACGCUAGAGGCCAUUAUACAAUUGGCAAAGAAAUUGUUGAUCUGGUACUCGAUCGUAUUCGUAAAUUAGCGGAUCAAUGUACUGGCCUACAAGGUUUCUUACUUUUUCAUUCAUUCGGUGGUGGUACUGGCUCCGGUUUUACAUCUUUACUUAUGGAACGUUUAAGUGUAGAUUAUGGGAAAAAAUCUAAGCUAGAGUUUGCAAUCUAUCCAGCUCCUCAGAUUUCCACUGCUGUUGUAGAGCCUUAUAACUCAAUCUUGACUACUCACACCACAUUGGAACAUUCUGAUUGUGCUUUUAUGGUGGAUAAUGAAGCUAUUUACGAUAUAUGCAGACGUAAUUUGGACAUCGAACGACCAACUUAUACCAAUCUGAACCGUCUAAUUGGACAAAUCGUCAGUUCAAUAACAGCAUCACUUCGAUUUGAUGGUGCACUGAACGUUGACUUGACAGAAUUUCAAACUAAUCUGGUGCCGUAUCCUCGUAUUCAUUUUCCUUUAGCUACCUAUGCACCAGUUAUUUCUGCUGAGAAGGCAUAUCAUGAACAGUUAAGCGUGGCAGAGAUUACUAAUGCUUGUUUUGAACCCGCUAACCAAAUGGUGAAAUGUGAUCCACGUCAUGGAAAGUAUAUGGCUUGCUGUAUGUUAUAUCGUGGAGAUGUUGUGCCUAAAGAUGUCAAUGCUGCCAUAGCUACAAUAAAGACUAAGAGAACAAUUCAAUUUGUAGACUGGUGUCCAACUGGAUUCAAAGUUGGUAUUAACUAUCAACCACCAACUGUUGUACCAGGUGGUGACUUAGCCAAAGUUCAAAGAGCUGUCUGUAUGUUAAGCAACACCACAGCUAUUGCAGAAGCUUGGGCACGUCUAGAUCAUAAAUUUGAUUUGAUGUAUGCUAAAAGAGCAUUUGUACAUUGGUAUGUCGGUGAAGGUAUGGAAGAAGGUGAAUUUUCGGAAGCUCGUGAAGAUUUAGCAGCUUUAGAAAAAGAUUAUGAAGAAGUUGGUGUUGACAGUGUCGAUGCUGAAGGUGAAAAUGAAGAAGGUGAAGAAUAUUAGUUCUUUUUUUGAAAAUGAAUUCUCUGAAGUCAUAAAUUAAAAAAAUAUCUAAAUAAAUAAACAGUAGGUCAUAUUACACUACUUGUACUUUGCUCCUCAAAAUGUGAUUGUGUAUAAAAAUAAAAAUAAAGAACUCUUUAGUUACUGA